AGUGGCUCAGGUGUCGCGCAGUCUCAGAGGUGCAGGUGACGCAGCGGGUGGGGCUCGAGAGAAAGUCACUUGACAGCUCGACGUGAGAAAUCUUCUGAGUGAACGAAAUCCGAUCUGCGGCCAUCAAACAGUUCGUCUGUGACAGCUUUCGUUUGGAUUGUAUUUAUGACAAGUGGACGCGUGAUCAUGAAAUAUGGAAGGGCGCGUAUGCUGCAUAAAAAAGACAACAAAGGAUUUUACACGAUGACCUGGACUGGGCACACGCUGGCGUUUCUGGCUCUUCUGGUUAUCGUUCUAGUGCCAAGUCCCUCGGAUGGUGUCACCAUUUCCGUGAUCGGCUCUCCUGUGAACGGCCUGGUGGACGGCAGUGCCACUCUCUCCAUCUUCUUCAUGAGCAGCUCACACCCAGCCAUCGCGUGGCAGGUGAAUGAAAUAACCAUCGUCUCCUGGGAGGUCGGCUUGAGCAGCUCUCUGAGAGUAACUUCGAACUAUAAAGGCCGCGUGACCACCUAUGACAAUGGCUCCAUCACCAUCAGUCCCCUGAAGCUCACUGACACAAACGUCUACAGUGUCUCAAUGACAGCGACAGGGGAGAAGCCAGGCAUGAACAGCGUUUCUCUUCAAGUUUACGCUAUGAUCGAAGGAGGCAGCAUUGCAGUCAAUCCUCAAACCCCAUCAGAAGGCAAACCCCUCGUGCUGACAUACGUCACCACCCAAGGGGACGGCGCGGCCACCUGGAAGCUGAACGGAGUCCCCCUGGCCAACGACUCCAAUCACGUCAUCUCCGACCACUCCCUGAUAAUUAACAGUGCCAGCCAGAAGGACAACGGGGUCUACACCUGCCUGCUGGAGAACCCCUUCAGCAGCCAAGCCUUUAACACGACCGUAACUGUAGCAUAUGGGCCCAACAACGUUGCAGUUCUGCCAUCCACGUUCUCCAACUCCACUCCCAUCAGCUAUGCCCUCGUGGGCAACAAUGUGAGUCUGCAAUGCAGUGCUGACAGUUACCCCCCAGCCACCAUACUGUGGAGCGUCCCAAACUCACCCAACAACCAACUGGUCAACAGGAACCCUCUGAACUUAACCAACAUCCAGGCGAACCAGGCUGGGAAUUAUACGUGUACUGCCUAUAACAGUGCCAGGGGCAGCGGUGCCACCAGCUCUUAUGCGCUGAACGUGUACCAGUAUCCUGCUAGUAACAUCAGCUGCUCCGUCUCCACACUGAAUCUCAUCAGUCUCCAGUUCCUCUGCGCGUGGCCUGGCGCCAUCCCUGCAGCCUCUCUGUCAUUUGUGGGGUUGAAUCCCCCUGUCACUGGCGCCGGGUCCCUCACCACUGUGGUCGACGGCUCCUCCGCACCAAACCUGAAAGGCAAAACGGUGACGUGUGUGGGGGUCCACCCGCUCCUAGCGAAAAACUGCUCACUCCAGAUCAGUGGUCCUCCUGCUUUCAGCCCCCUUCACACGGCCACAUUGGACCCCACAUCUGGUAACGUUUCCCUGAUGCUCUUUUACCCCAUCAACGUUCAGCCACCUGCCACUUUCCAGUGGUUUAAGAAUGGCACUCAGCUGAAUUCGGGUGGCAAGUACGUAAUAAGCAACAACAGCAGCGUGCUGACCGUCCUCAACCUCAACACCUCCACUGACCUGGUCACGUAUUCCUGUGUGGGCAGCAGUCCUGUGGGAAAUCAGACAAACACCUUCCAGCUAACAGGUCCGGCCAUAACAAGAACUGGAGUUGUGGCUAACAGUAACCGCACCAUCAUCACCCUCACCUGGGAGAUCCCACUCACGUCGGUGGUCUCAGGAUUUCUUGUGCAGAAGUUGGGUCCAGCUCUACAGAGAAGCUUCAACGCCCGAGACACCUCACCAUCCUGGGAGACCAUUCACACCAAAGGCCCCAGCGAUCGCAGUGAUGACGUCCUCGGCCUCAACCCCGAUCUGACCUACCAGUUCAGAGUCAUACCUGCGCUCGGCCAAACCCAGGGGUCACCUUCAGUGGUGCAGACCAUCGGGCCGGCGCCGACAGGCCUGAGUCCCGGUGCGAUUGCAGGUAUCGUCGUCGGCUCCGUCUUUGGUUUCCUCCUCCUGUUGCUUCUCCUGCUUCUUCUCAUCUGCUGCUGCUGCUGCCGAAGGAGAGAAAAGCGAGAUAAGAAGGAGAAGAUUCCUGCUGGCCAAAAGCCCGUGCAGACACGUCAGAAAACUCAGCCUGUCCGAACCCCCAAUCCACGGCUAGUUGGUGGUGUCAUACCAAUGAGCAAUGGGGUCGGUGGUGUCAUACCAAUGAGCAAUGGGGUCUCCGCCUCUGCCAGAAGGCCCCCCAGUACAAUCUCCUCAUUGAGCCAGGUUUCAUCACAGGAGUCGUCGUCCACUGAACCCCCCAAGCCAGUCACCCGCGUGGCGACCAUCUUGUAGCUGUGGAGGCCACACUCCUUUUCCAUUCCUUGCCAUUCCUGGGUUUCUUUGACAACCGUGUGAUGCCCGUACCAUUGGAGUUUCUGUGCGUUUAUCUUCAUAUCUGUCAAAUAUCUUAGUCCCAGCUUCUCUUGUGCUUCCCAAUAUGCUUAAAAACAUCAAAACAAGCAAAAUGUCGAAAAACGGGAGGAGACCACCGAGCCCAUCGAGCUCAUUUGGCCGUCUAAUAACUGAACUCGCCCAACAUGUCAUGCGGAUGCUUUUUGAGUCUUGACUCCACGACUUGACAGGUUCUUCCAGAUGUGCUUCCUGGCUUUCCACUUGAUUUCCAUUACAACACCGCAGUAAUUUCACAUACGGUUGAAGCGGAUAUGGUGCCCUCCUUUCUUUGGUGUCACCUGAAAGAGUGGCAUGGAUUAGGGAUGUGUAGCAGGACAAUGAGAACAACAGGAUCAAUUAGUGACUUGAAGCCCCCAGGCCCGGUUUACAGUUUUGAAGGACAGUUUUGCCCAAGGAUGAAUCCAGAGGGGCAGCACUGUCUGCCAGCUCCACGGCGCCCCCAUCUGGACCACCCUUUAGUUUCUCUUUCUCUCUCUGUAGUUUUGCACACGACUUCAUAGUGGUGCCGACUCCAAAGGCACAUGGGCUCGGACAUUGGGUAGCCCAGAGUGAGUCCAACAGGAUGAAGAAGAGGACCACUGAAGAAAGGACUGACCCUGCUUUGGGCUUUAGGGUCGUCAGAAAUAUUUUUGAUAUGAUUUGUAAAUAUUCGAAAAUGUAUUAUAAUCUUUCUUAAGUAUUAA